AUGAGCUCCUCUGAAUCUAGGGAUGAAAACUUACAAUACACAUACCACACCAAUUCAGAAACUUCAAUACCUAAAGCCUCAGGAGGAAGCAAUACUCGAGAUACUACUUUUGAUGCUUCAGGUGUUGCAGAUGUUACGUUGGGUAAAGAGUUUGUUAGAGGACCUAUUCUAUAUAAAAGAUCUGAAACAAAUAUUCCUAACAUAUGUGUUGACUCAUCGUCACAGAACUUUAAGCAUCAUUUGAAAAAAUUACAUAUUGCUGUUAAUAAGAUUUUGGAAAAUGACCGCCUUACUAAAUAUAGAAAUUCGUCGAAAAAGAAUUUCAGAGGAAAUCAGGAGGCUUGUGAGAAAAUGUUGGAUGCCGUUAGAGAGCUUGGGUCCUUUAUUGUUCAGCGUCAAAACAGCUCUCCAAUUAGUCAUCACAUUAGACCUAAUAAGGAUAUACAGUCCCGCUUUACUAUGAGAGUGCGAUCGAAAAGUACCACCCAUGAUGACUCAAUUAGCCAGAAACGUAAUUUAACAGUGAGGAUGGGGCAUAGUCUCAAAUCAGUCAGACGUCCUACAUCACUGACUAAAAGGUCAAAAUCUCCAAUCAAGCGUUCAGUUUCUCCUUAUCCGGUGAUUGAUACUGAAAAUUCCUGCUGCUCCAAGCAUUCGGGACAUUUUAAGGGUGUAAACAUAUUUUCUCAGCGUGAAACAAAAUAUAGAUUUCCAGUCAAAAAUGAUACCUUUAUAGCUUCAAAACAGGAAACUGAAAAUGUCCAGGCUUCAGAAGAUUUUACAAAUCCAGAGAUUGCUUGUUUAGAAGCUGAAUUAUCACAUCGUGAUACAUUGAUCAAAUAUUUAUCUGAACAAUUAUUUAAAUUAUAUCAAGAUAAUGAUAGAAUAUUUGCUGAAUAUGAAUUACAAGAAGCUAAUUUAACUAAAUAUUUACAUUCAUUAAGAUCACGUUUAACUGAAACAAAUUCUAAUUUAAAUCAACAAUAUACUACUCAUAAUAAUACUACUAAUAAUACUAAUUCUAUUCAUACUGAUUACAUAACACAUAUUACUCAAUCCAUAUCUCAAGAUAUUAAUAUCAAUAUCACAGAUUCUAUUUUACAUCAAUUUGCUAAAGAAAUCAAUAAUAAAAUAAUAAAUCCCGGUAUAAAUAAUAAUAAUAAUAAUGACAAUGAUGUCAUAGUUACUAUGAAUUCAGUUCAAAGAAUAAAACAAUCAUUCAUAUCUGAAUUACAAGAUCUUAAUUUAGCUACACAGAAUCUAUUAAAUUAUUGGGAAAUAAAAAAUCAUCAAAUGAAUUAUCCCACUGUAUGUCAACAAUUUUUUAAUGCAUUACUUAAUUUUUGUAUUAUUUCAAUGAAUUCUUAUCAAUUCGAUAAUCAAUUUAUUGAUCCAAAUAUUAAAGAUUUACAAAUGAAAGCAGAUCAUGCUGAACAACAAAUUAUUGAUUUAUCAAAUGAAAUCAAACAAUAUCAAUAUCAAUUAAAUCAAUUAAAUGAAAAAUUACAAAAAAAUCAAUUAGAAGAAACAAAUCAUCAUUUAUUGAUUAGUGAUUAUUUUUUAUCAUCAACAAAUUCUUCAUCUAAUAAUAAUAAUAAUAUAAUUACUUAUUUGUCUGAUACAGAUCAAACUCAAUGUAUAUUAUCAUCACCAUCAUCAUCAUUAUUAUUAGAUCCAGGAUCAAGUUCUCGAAUUUACGAAUCUAUACCAAAAAUAAAAUCAAUAGAAGAUCAAACUAUAUUCCCAUUAAAAUCGACAAUAAUGCCAAUCGAUAUUUCAACAACCACCACCACCACCACAACAACAACAACAACAACAAUACCAGUUUAUAAUUCGAUUAAUAAUUUACUUCAACGUUUAUGGGGAAUGUUAUCGAAAGAAUCAAAGUUAACUACUACAGAUUUACAUAAAUCUAAAUUAUGGAUUAGUAAUAAAGAGGAUUAUGAUACAUUAUAUGAAGCAUAUAAUAUUAUUGAACAAUUUCAAUGGUAUAUACAAAAUGAUAAACUUUCAUCAUUUCAAUCAUCUAGUUUAGUUGAGUCACAAUCUUCACUGUCAACAACAGCAACAACAACAACAGCAACAUAUUUUGCACCAGAAUUAGUUGCUAAUGAAAUUAAUAGAACAACCGCAACUGAUAAGUCUAUACCUGUUGAAGUUUCAUCAAUAACUAGCCUUACAGAUCAGUCGACUAUUACUACUUUAACUUCUAAUCAACAUAAAAUAAAAGAUAUUGAAGAGGUAAAUUUGGAAUCAUUCAAAAUGGAAGAGUUAUCUUCUUGUACAAAUUAUGCAACAAAAUCAAUUUACUUAACAGAUAUGUGUACAUCUACAAGUGAUCUGUUAACAUUGUUUAUUAAUAAAGAUCAAAAUCAUCAGUUGAAUAUGCAACAGGUUAAGCAAAUGAAUGAUCAGAUAAUAUCAACAGAUGAUCUUAUUCAAACAUCAUCAUUGGAAAAAGAAGCUUUACGUGAGUUACAAAGGAAGUUUAAUUACUUAAAAGAUUCUUGUAAUCAUUUAGUUAGUCAAUAUCAAACUUUUAAUCAAACAUUAUGUAAACAAUUAAAAUAUGUUAAUUCAACAUUUGAUGAAUAUAAAUCUAAUAUAUCUGUUUACAUUUCCCAUAAGUAUAAAGAUGUAUGUAAUUCAUCUAUACAAACUGAUUCUUUUAAUAAUUUGCAUAGAUUGACCGAUUCAUCAUAUAGACAAAUACCAUUAGAUUAUAGAAAUGUACAUGAAAUUGAAUACUGUCAUAGUUCAUGGCCAACAAAUGAAGUGAUAUCAAAUGAAACCAUAAUUUAUAAUCAAUCUAUGUUAAAUACUGAAUUAACAACAGAUAACUGUUCAUUUGAAUUAUCUCAGUUAAAACAAGAUUAUGAAAUUUUACAAUCAAAGUUACAGAAAUCCGAAAGAGAAGUAGAAAUGUUACAUAGCAAUUUAUUAGAUAUUGAAAAUCAUAUUAAAUUAGCUAUAUUCAAUAAUCAUUUUACUAGUUUACAAUGUAUUUUAGAUAAUGGAGGAUUAUCCGAUGUACAGUCUUUGACUAAAGCAUUUUUAAGUCAAGUCAGUACAAUUAUAUCAAAUUUAAAUCAAUAUAUACCUGAUCAAGAUAAUCCAAUUGAAUAUGAAUCACCUGGUCACUACCUCACUGAUGAUAAGAGUUUUCCGAUUCAUAGUGCAAAACGUUUACUAGUAAAUACAGCGGAAUAUGAUCAGAAAUAUCCACUUUAUUCAGCUGAACAAUCUCUUAUUCGCCUAACUGAAUUACAAGAAAUUCUACAACAACAAAUCAUUAGAAAGCAAGAUACUUUUGUUGAACAAAUUGAACAGGAUAAUUAUUCAUUCAACCAAGAAAUUGACAGAUUAUUAGAUGACAAACCUGAAAUCACGGAUUUGAACUUGACAGAAAAGCUUCAGUCUGCUCUACAUGUUAUAUACGAAGAGCUAUCUUUGUGUCAGCAUCUAGUAGAUAAACUCUUGAGUGAAAAAACAAAACACUGCAAACUUAUAGCUAUGCAGGCAUCACAAAUAGAAGAUUUGAACAAGGAAUUAAGAGAUUAUGACUAUAAAUUAAAAGCUAUUUCAACAGGACAUAACAUUGUCCCACAUAAUAGCGACGAGACGUAUGAAAAUAAUUGCUACGAGAGAAAUGAUGAAAAGGUAAAAAGUGAAUGUUAUAUAUAUCACCAUAAUCAAUAUCCAAAUUCACUUAUUGAUUCAUCUACAAAUCCAAAUAAAAACAUAAUAAAUGAACUAAAAUUAACUAAUCAGACAGAGAUUGAACAAACAACUAUAAUGUCCAAAGAAGAGAAAGAAUAUCUAACAAUAGCCAAAAUUGAAGAAACAAAAUCCACAUUGAAUAAAGACACACUAACAACUUCAGAAUUUACCGUGGAGAUGACGAGAGAGAAGCUAGUGAGUUCAAGUUUGUGUGAAGAUGAGUCGAAUGUGGUUGGUCAACUGCGCGAAGAGUUGACGUCUUGUUAUGAACAGAUAGUGAAGCUGUCUAGAUCGGUGGAGGAGAGUGAUGCUUCGUUGAUGGAUGUCCGGCGUUUGUUGACUGUGAAGGAGAGUGAAGUGGCGGAUCUGAGAGAGGAGAAGCGUCAUUUACGAGACGAAGUGAAUGAGUUGAGGGAGACUGUAGAGGCAGAACGACGUGAUUUGGACAUAAUGCGUGCAAAUAUGGAUGUGUUGGAGAGCAAGGAAGAGGUGUCGGCGAUGUGCGUGGAGUGUCGUGGACCGAACGUUGCUGCUGCUGCUGCUGCUGCUGCUGUGGAGGAGGAGUGUGUGCAGACGGAGAUUGACGACGAAGUUUUUGACCUGGUGUCGACGUUGCAGCUCGAGGUUGCCCAUCUGCGUGAGGAAAAUGCGGCGACGUUGGCGGCUCUGGAGCGUUCACAGCUCGAGUUGAGCAUGAAACAGACCGAAGUGCAGGAACCGGAGUCACGUAUGAUGGUGAACGAGACAACUUGGUGGAUUCCUUGUGAGACUGUGAGAAAGGCGCCCGAUGUGGUUGUCCGUGAGUUGGCAGAGGUUGAUGACACAGACAGAGUGGAGGCAGACGUGUUUGCCGGAGUUCCUGACAUGCAGCUGGUGGAGACUGUUGCAAGCGACCCAGUGUCAGGCAUUGUGCCUGAUCGAAUGGACAGACAAACUACGGACUUGUGUGUUGAGGGCGUUUCGAACGAGGAAGUGGUCUUGCCCAUUCACGCCACUCAGAGUUGGACGAAACCGCCGAGUGAACAAGACAAUGAAGAUCCCGAACUUGCCCUGUUAAAUACAGACAGCCUAAGAGCGCGAUUGAAGGAGGCCAUGAGCAGAAUCUACGAACUUGAGAAUGCCAAGACAGAGUUGAGUGUGCGUCUGCGUGAGCUGGAAGGCGUUAUGAUGUGUGAAGAUAAGCCAAUGGAUGUGAUGCCUCUUAGUUCUCGUGUGCCUGACCGGUCGAUGAAAGUGACGGACGAAGCUGAUGCACUGUCGAAGCACAACAAAGAGCUGAUGACAGAGGUAGACUUGUUACGAAGUAAGAUUUCAGAGCGCGUGACACUGUUGGACGAUGUGUGCAUGGAGAUGGAUGAGGUCAGAGGAUCACUGGGUUUCUUGUUGAAGCAGGUGAGAGAAUUGCGUGCAGCACAUGCUGAGGCGAAUGCUGACCGCGCCGAAAUGGCGAACAGAAUGAGUGAGUACGAACGGGUUUCACAUCGCCUGUGCGAAACAGUUGGUCGAUCCACGUCACCAGUGCAAGACAUCGACUAUGCACACGAAGGCUCGUCGACUGACCGUUGCACAUCAGACGGGUUGCGAGAGGAUUUGCAGCGUGCACUGGAUACACAAUCGUUCGAGCUGGAGGCAGUCACUGAGAAACUGAAAGAAUGUGAGUCAAUGAACAAUGCCCUGAUCUGUGAGAGUGAUUCAUCAAAGAAACGUUUGAGCUUUAAUUUGCCUCCACCUGUUAGACAUUUCAAUUCUCGUUUAGAAGUCAAUAGUUUGUUGGUUGAAACUUCUGGUAAUCUUUCUAAUUUUAAAGAAAGUGAUCGUAAUUAUUCAAGUGGUACGCUGGUCUCUGAAAUCCAAGGGACUUGCGAAAGUGAACUUAAUUCAGACCAAUUUCUUGUAGCCAGUGACAGUGAGGUAGGCAAUAAACUCAAUGAUAACGUCGUUCAUGGAAAAAAGUCAUACAUAUCGUCGAUAGUUUUAGAUGCUUCGUGUUUCAAGAUGUUAAGUCCAUCCGAUGUCGACCCGAUGAUGGUUGAUUCUAAUGCAAAUGAAUCUAAGUUUACAUUUGCCACAUAUUCAUCUUCAAAAAGGGAUAAGUCACUUCAACAAAACCGGAUUGAUGCCAGUGAAUCACAUGCUUGUCACUGUGAAGAAGUUACCAUAGUUUCGUAUGAUGACUUCUCACAAGAUAAAAUUUCGCACAUUUGGAGAAUGCAUCCGGAUAUUAAAGACGAAAAAAUGUUGAUCAGUUCUUUGAUACUACCACCACCUAGACAACCCUGCAGUAUGACAUACGCUGAAUCAGCAUCAGAUAUUCCCGUAAUGUCGCGCAGUUUAUCAAGUAAAGAACUAGAAACCGUCGAACCAUAUAGUAUAAAAUCAGAAAGGCUUGUGAAAGACUGCGUAAACAACACAGACAAGCAUAUGGAGUGGUCUUCGAACACAAAAGCAUAUAGUGUUACAGGGUACUCAGAAGAAACAAGUAUAACAAUUAACGAAGAAACGAGAAAUCAUCUGGAAAAACUCGAAGGAGAAAACCUGAAAACCAAGAAAGAAGAUGAAAUCAUAAUUAAAAGAAACCAAAACGAUAUUAUAAUAGAGUGCGAUCAAAAAUUACAAAACGAAUUUUCACAACAGCAAUAUCAACCGACCGAUGCGUCAAAACGCGAUAAAGCCAAUGAAAAAAAUUUAAAAAAAUCAACAAAAAGUACAAAUACAGAAUUGAGAAUAAUUUCAAGAAAUAAUAACCCACACACUCAAGACGCCACACGAUCGCUUGACUUCCUGUUCAAGCAUGAGAGAGAAUUGCGUGCAGCACAUGCUGAGGCGAAUGCUGACCGCGCCGAAAUGGCGAACAGAAUGAGUGAGUACGAACGGGUUUCACAUCGCCUGUGCGAAACAGUUGGUCGAUCCACGUCACCAGUGCAAGACAUCGACUAUGCACACGAAGGCUCGUCGACUGACCGUUGCACAUCAGACGGGUUGCGAGAGGAUUUGCAGCGUGCACUGGAUACACAAUCGUUCGAGCUGGAGGCAGUCACUGAGAAACUGAAAGAAUGUGAGUCAAUGAACAAUGCCCUGAUCUGUGAGUGUGAGUCGCUGAAGCGUCGUCUAGAGAGUUAUAUGACUGUGAUUACUGACUUGGAGAAUGAUGUGACCAAGACGAAAGCACUGUUGGCGUUUGUGGUUGACCAUAUAAGAGGUCUGCGUUCCGACUAUGGAGAUUGGUGCAGAGAGCACGAACAACGAGUGCAGGAGUGUUUAGAUGCCGUCACAACAGGGUUGUCCCAUGGUGUGGUUGAACACGUGGACCGUGAGUGUGAGACAAUGACAUGGCCAGAACACUUGGAGUCUACUGUUAUGCUUGAUAGCUUUGUGCGACUACAAGAGUCUCAUGAAGUGACGUCGAUGCAGAGAGGACAAGAUUGGGAUUCGGUAAGUGAGAUGAGCAGACUGUGCGACCGGAACCGUGAGCUGUCUGAGGAGCUCUGCAAGUGUCGAGACCUGUGUGAUAAGCAGGCAUCUGAGAUGGUGUUGAUGCAAACAGCUCUUCGUCAGGCAGUCGAACAGGCGUCAACUGCCCGAGAGGAACUGGAGGCCUAUAGACAUGAGAAGGUUUGCGCAAUGUCAGAUCUGGAGAGUCAACUGUCUGCUUCUCGUGACGAGUGUUCUGCACUACGGGAUCAAGUGUGUCGGCUUGAGACAUCGAUGGAAGAGCAUUGCAACACAGUGUUGGCGAUAGCCAGUCGAGACUGGGAGUCGCGCGUAAACGAAAUUGUGAGAGAACGCGACACAGCCAUGAAAGAGUUGUUGGAACUGCGUAGUAGGUUGGAUAUGGCAGACGAUGUGGACGCCAGGUUGGCAAAAACAGUGUGCAGAAGUGACAUGGGAACUGACGUGCUAGAUCGUAUGAUUGAACGUGAUAUAGCUUUGUCAUCAGGGUUCACUAGUGAUACGAGAGAGACUGUGAGCGUGGGCGUUGGUAAAGAUGCAGAGGACGACGAGUCGAAUUGCAUGGUUGUUGACGGUUGGAGCGACUACUCCUCAGAAUGCAUACACGACGAGCACAAGCCUAGUGUGUCGGUUGGUUCUCCGACUAGACUUGUGAGUGUGGAGACUCAAGCGACAGACAGCGUGUCUUGGUUGGCUACUGACACAUUGUCAACUUCAGGAUUUACCGAUCAGUCGACCGAAGAUCAGUCGACCAGGAGUCCAGUGGAGAUGACGAGAGAGAAGCUAGUGAGUUCAAGUUUGUGUGAAGAUGAGUCGAAUGUGGUUGGUCAACUGCGCGAAGAGUUGACGUCUUGUUAUGAACAGAUAGUGAAGCUGUCUAGAUCGGUGGAGGAGAGUGAUGCUUCAUUGAUGGAUGUCCGGCGUUUGUUGACUGUGAAGGAGAGUGAAGUGGCGGAUCUGAGAGAGGAGAAGCGUCAUUUACGAGACGAAGUGAAUGAGUUGAGGGAGACUGUAGAGGCAGAACGACGUGAUUUGGACAUAAUGCGUGCAAAUAUGGAUGUGUUGGAGAGCAAGGAAGAGGUGUCGGCGAUGUGCGUGGAGUGUCGUGGACCGAACGUUGCUGCUGCUGCUGCUGCUGCUGCUGUGGAGGAGGAGUGUGUGCAGACGGAGAUUGACGACGAAGUUUUUGACCUGGUGUCGACGUUGCAGCUCGAGGUUGCCCAUCUGCGUGAGGAAAAUGCGGCGACGUUGGCGGCUCUGGAGCGUUCACAGCUCGAGUUGAGCAUGAAACAGACCGAAGUGCAGGAACCGGAGUCACGUAUGAUGGUGAACGAGACAACUUGGUGGAUUCCUUGUGAGACUGUGAGAAAGGCGCCCGAUGUGGUUGUCCGUGAGUUGGCAGAGGUUGAUGACACAGACAGAGUGGAGGCAGACGUGUUUGCCGGAGUUCCUGACAUGCAGCUGGUGGAGACUGUUGCAAGCGACUCAGUGUCAGGCAUUGUGCCUGAUCGAAUGGACAGACAAACUACGGACUUGUGUGUUGAGGGCGUUUCGAACGAGGAAGUGGUCUUGCCCAUUCACGCCACUCAGAGUUGGACGAAACCGCCGAGUGAACAAGACAAUGAAGAUCCCGAACUUGCCCUGUUAAAUACAGACAGCCUAAGAGCGCGAUUGAAGGAGGCCAUGAGCAGAAUCUGCGAACUUGAGAAUGCCAAGACAGAGUUGAGUGUGCGUCUGCGUGAGCUGGAAGGCGUUAUGAUGUGUGAAGAUAAGCCAAUGGAUGUGAUGCCUCUUAGUUCUCGUGUGCCUGACCGGUCGAUGAAAGUGACGGACGAAGCUGAUGCACUGUCGAAGCACAACAAAGAGCUGAUGACAGAGGUAGACUUGUUACGAAGUAAGAUUUCAGAGCGCGUGACACUGUUGGACGAUGUGUGCAUGGAGAUGGAUGAGGUCAGAGGAUCACUGGGUUUCUUGUUGAAGCAGGUGAGAGAAUUGCGUGCAGCACAUGCUGAGGCGAAUGCUGACCGCGCCGAAAUGGCGAACAGAAUGAGUGAGUACGAACGGGUUUCACAUCGCCUGUGCGAAACAGUUGGUCGAUCCACGUCACCAGUGCAAGACAUCGACUAUGCACACGAAGGCUCGUCGACUGACCGUUGCACAUCAGACGGGUUGCGAGAGGAUUUGCAGCGUGCACUGGAUACACAAUCGUUCGAGCUGGAGGCAGUCACUGAGAAACUGAAAGAAUGUGAGUCAAUGAACAAUGCCCUGAUCUGUGAGUGUGAGUCGCUGAAGCGUCGUCUAGAGAGUUAUAUGACUGUGAUUACUGACUUGGAGAAUGAUGUGACCAAGACGAAAGCACUGUUGGCGUUUGUGGUUGACCAUAUAAGAGGUCUGCGUUCCGACUAUGGAGAUUGGUGCAGAGAGCACGAACAACGAGUGCAGGAGUGUUUAGAUGCCGUCACAACAGGGUUGUCCCAUGGUGUGGUUGAACACGUGGACCGUGAGUGUGAGACAAUGACAUGGCCAGAACACUUGGAGUCUACUGUUAUGCUUGAUAGCUUUGUGCGACUACAAGAGUCUCAUGAAGUGACGUCGAUGCAGAGAGGACAAGAUUGGGAUUCGGUAAGUGAGAUGAGCAGACUGUGCGACCGGAACCGUGAGCUGUCUGAGGAGCUCUGCAAGUGUCGAGACCUGUGUGAUAAGCAGGCAUCUGAGAUGGUGUUGAUGCAAACAGCUCUUCGUCAGGCAGUCGAACAGGCGUCAACUGCCCGAGAGGAACUGGAGGCCUAUAGACAUGAGAAGGUUUGCGCAAUGUCAGAUCUGGAGAGUCAACUGUCUGCUUCUCGUGACGAGUGUUCUGCACUACGGGAUCAAGUGUGUCGGCUUGAGACAUCGAUGGAAGAGCAUUGCAACACAGUGUUGGCGAUAGCCAGUCGAGACUGGGAGUCGCGCGUAAACGAAAUUGUGAGAGAACGCGACACAGCCAUGAAAGAGUUGUUGGAACUGCGUAGUAGGUUGGAUAUGGCAGACGAUGUGGACGCCAGGUUGGCAAAAACAGUGUGCAGAAGUGACAUGGGAACUGACGUGCUAGAUCGUAUGAUUGAACGUGAUAUAGCUUUGUCAUCAGGGUUCACUAGUGAUACGAGAGAGACUGUGAGCGUGGGCGUUGGUAAAGAUGCAGAGGACGACGAGUCGAAUUGCAUGGUUGUUGACGGUUGGAGCGACUACUCCUCAGAAUGCAUACACGACGAGCACAAGCCUAGUGUGUCGGUUGGUUCUCCGACUAGACUUGUGAGUGUGGAGACUCAAGCGACAGACAGCGUGUCUUGGUUGGCUACUGACACAUUGUCAACUUCAGGAUUUACCGAUCAGUCGACCGUAGAUCAGUCGACCAGGAGUCCAGUGGAGAUGACGAGAGAGAAGCUAGUGAGUUCAAGUUUGUGUGAAGAUGAGUCGAAUGUGGUUGGUCAACUGCGCGAAGAGUUGACGUCUUGUUAUGAACAGAUAGUGAAGCUGUCUAGAUCGGUGGAGGAGAGUGAUGCUUCAUUGAUGGAUGUCCGGCGUUUGUUGACUGUGAAGGAGAGUGAAGUGGCGGAUCUGAGAGAGGAGAAGCGUCAUUUACGAGACGAAGUGAAUGAGUUGAGGGAGACUGUAGAGGCAGAACGACGUGAUUUGGACAUAAUGCGUGCAAAUAUGGAUGUGUUGGAGAGCAAGGAAGAGGUGUCGGCGAUGUGCGUGGAGUGUCGUGGACCGAACGUUGCUGCUGCUGCUGCUGCUGCUGCUGCUGUGGAGGAGGAGUGUGUGCAGACGGAGAUUGACGACGAAGUUUUUGACCUGGUGUCGACGUUGCAGCUCGAGGUUGCCCAUCUGCGUGAGGAAAAUGCGGCGACGUUGGCGGCUCUGGAGCGUUCACAGCUCGAGUUGAGCAUGAAACAGACCGAAGUGCAGGAACCGGAGUCACGUAUGAUGGUGAACGAGACAACUUGGUGGAUUCCUUGUGAGACUGUGAGAAAGGCGCCCGAUGUGGUUGUCCGUGAGUUGGCAGAGGUUGAUGACACAGACAGAGUGGAGGCAGACGUGUUUGCCGGAGUUCCUGACAUGCAGCUGGUGGAGACUGUUGCAAGCGACUCAGUGUCAGGCAUUGUGCCUGAUCGAAUGGACAGACAAACUACGGACUUGUGUGUUGAGGGCGUUUCGAACGAGGAAGUGGUCUUGCCCAUUCACGCCAUUCAGAGUUGGACGAAACCGCCGAGUGAACAAGACAAUGAAGAUCCCGAACUUGCCCUGUUAAAUACAGACAGCCUAAGAGCGCGAUUGAAGGAGGCCAUGAGCAGAAUCUGCGAACUUGAGAAUGCCAAGACAGAGUUGAGUGUGCGUCUGCGUGAGCUGGAAGGCGUUAUGAUGUGUGAAGAUAAGCCAAUGGAUGUGAUGCCUCUUAGUUCUCGUGUGCCUGACCGGUCGAUGAAAGUGACGGACGAAGCUGAUGCACUGUCGAAGCACAACAAAGAGCUGAUGACAGAGGUAGACUUGUUACGAAGUAAGAUUUCAGAGCGCGUGACACUGUUGGACGAUGUGUGCAUGGAGAUGGAUGAGGUCAGAGGAUCACUGGGUUUCUUGUUGAAGCAGGUGAGAGAAUUGCGUGCAGCACAUGCUGAGGCGAAUGCUGACCGCGCCGAAAUGGCGAACAGAAUGAGUGAGUACGAACGGGUUUCACAUCGCCUGUGCGAAACAGUUGGUCGAUCCACGUCACCAGUGCAAGACAUCGACUAUGCACACGAAGGCUCGUCGACUGACCGUUGCACAUCAGACGGGUUGCGAGAGGAUUUGCAGCGUGCACUGGAUACACAAUCGUUCGAGCUGGAGGCAGUCACUGAGAAACUGAAAGAAUGUGAGUCAAUGAACAAUGCCCUGAUCUGUGAGUGUGAGUCGCUGAAGCGUCGUCUAGAGAGUUAUAUGACUGUGAUUACUGACUUGGAGAAUGAUGUGACCAAGACGAAAGCACUGUUGGCGUUUGUGGUUGACCAUAUAAGAGGUCUGCGUUCCGACUAUGGAGAUUGGUGCAGAGAGCACGAACAACGAGUGCAGGAGUGUUUAGAUGCCGUCACAACAGGGUUGUCCCAUGGUGUGGUUGAACACGUGGACCGUGAGUGUGAGACAAUGACAUGGCCAGAACACUUGGAGUCUACUGUUAUGCUUGAUAGCUUUGUGCGACUACAAGAGUCUCAUGAAGUGACGUCGAUGCAGAGAGGACAAGAUUGGGAUUCGGUAAGUGAGAUGAGCAGACUGUGCGACCGGAACCGUGAGCUGUCUGAGGAGCUCUGCAAGUGUCGAGACCUGUGUGAUAAGCAGGCAUCUGAGAUGGUGUUGAUGCAAACAGCUCUUCGUCAGGCAGUCGAACAGGCGUCAACUGCCCGAGAGGAACUGGAGGCCUAUAGACAUGAGAAGGUUUGCGCAAUGUCAGAUCUGGAGAGUCAACUGUCUGCUUCUCGUGACGAGUGUUCUGCACUACGGGAUCAAGUGUGUCGGCUUGAGACAUCGAUGGAAGAGCAUUGCAACACAGUGUUGGCGAUAGCCAGUCGAGACUGGGAGUCGCGCGUAAACGAAAUUGUGAGAGAACGCGACACAGCCAUGAAAGAGUUGUUGGAACUGCGUAGUAGGUUGGAUAUGGCAGACGAUGUGGACGCCAGGUUGGCAAAAACAGUGUGCAGAAGUGACAUGGGAACUGACGUGCUAGAUCGUAUGAUUGAACGUGAUAUAGCUUUGUCAUCAGGGUUCACUAGUGAUACGAGAGAGACUGUGAGCGUGGGCGUUGGUAAAGAUGCAGAGGACGACGAGUCGAAUUGCAUGGUUGUUGACGGUUGGAGCGACUACUCCUCAGAAUGCAUACACGACGAGCACAAGCCUAGUGUGUCGGUUGGUUCUCCGACUAGACUUGUGAGUGUGGAGACUCAAGCGACAGACAGCGUGUCUUGGUUGGCUACUGACACAUUGUCAACUUCAGGAUUUACCGAUCAGUCGACCGUAGAUCAGUCGACCAGGAGUCCAGUGGAGAUGACGAGAGAGAAGCUAGUGAGUUCAAGUUUGUGUGAAGAUGAGUCGAAUGUGGUUGGUCAACUGCGCGAAGAGUUGACGUCUUGUUAUGAACAGAUAGUGAAGCUGUCUAGAUCGGUGGAGGAGAGUGAUGCUUCAUUGAUGGAUGUCCGGCGUUUGUUGACUGUGAAGGAGAGUGAAGUGGCGGAUCUGAGAGAGGAGAAGCGUCAUUUACGAGACGAAGUGAAUGAGUUGAGGGAGACUGUAGAGGCAGAACGACGUGAUUUGGACAUAAUGCGUGCAAAUAUGGAUGUGUUGGAGAGCAAGGAAGAGGUGUCGGCGAUGUGCGUGGAGUGUCGUGGACCGAACGUUGCUGCUGCUGCUGCUGCUGCUGCUGCUGCUGUGGAGGAGGAGUGUGUGCAGACGGAGAUUGACGACGAAGUUUUUGACCUGGUGUCGACGUUGCAGCUCGAGGUUGCCCAUCUGCGUGAGGAAAAUGCGGCGACGUUGGCGGCUCUGGAGCGUUCACAGCUCGAGUUGAGCAUGAAACAGACCGAAGUGCAGGAACCGGAGUCACGUAUGAUGGUGAACGAGACAACUUGGUGGAUUCCUUGUGAGACUGUGAGAAAGGCGCCCGAUGUGGUUGUCCGUGAGUUGGCAGAGGUUGAUGACACAGACAGAGUGGAGGCAGACGUGUUUGCCGGAGUUCCUGACAUGCAGCUGGUGGAGACUGUUGCAAGCGACUCAGUGUCAGGCAUUGUGCCUGAUCGAAUGGACAGACAAACUACGGACUUGUGUGUUGAGGGCGUUUCGAACGAGGAAGUGGUCUUGCCCAUUCACGCCACUCAGAGUUGGACGAAACCGCCGAGUGAACAAGACAAUGAAGAUCCCGAACUUGCCCUGUUAAAUACAGACAGCCUAAGAGCGCGAUUGAAGGAGGCCAUGAGCAGAAUCUGCGAACUUGAGAAUGCCAAGACAGAGUUGAGUGUGCGUCUGCGUGAGCUGGAAGGCGUUAUGAUGUGUGAAGAUAAGCCAAUGGAUGUGAUGCCUCUUAGUUCUCGUGUGCCUGACCGGUCGAUGAAAGUGACGGACGAAGCUGAUGCACUGUCGAAGCACAACAAAGAGCUGAUGACAGAGGUAGACUUGUUACGAAGUAAGAUUUCAGAGCGCGUGACACUGUUGGACGAUGUGUGCAUGGAGAUGGAUGAGGUCAGAGGAUCACUGGGUUUCUUGUUGAAGCAGGUGAGAGAAUUGCGUGCAGCACAUGCUGAGGCGAAUGCUGACCGCGCCGAAAUGGCGAACAGAAUGAGUGAGUACGAACGGGUUUCACAUCGCCUGUGCGAAACAGUUGGUCGAUCCACGUCACCAGUGCAAGACAUCGACUAUGCACACGAAGGCUCGUCGACUGACCGUUGCACAUCAGACGGGUUGCGAGAGGAUUUGCAGCGUGCACUGGAUACACAAUCGUUCGAGCUGGAGGCAGUCACUGAGAAACUGAAAGAAUGUGAGUCAAUGAACAAUGCCCUGAUCUGUGAGUGUGAGUCGCUGAAGCGUCGUCUAGAGAGUUAUAUGACUGUGAUUACUGACUUGGAGAAUGAUGUGACCAAGACGAAAGCACUGUUGGCGUUUGUGGUUGACCAUAUAAGAGGUCUGCGUUCCGACUAUGGAGAUUGGUGCAGAGAGCACGAACAACGAGUGCAGGAGUGUUUAGAUGCCGUCACAACAGGGUUGUCCCAUGGUGUGGUUGAACACGUGGACCGUGAGUGUGAGACAAUGACAUGGCCAGAACACUUGGAGUCUACUGUUAUGCUUGAUAGCUUUGUGCGACUACAAGAGUCUCAUGAAGUGACGUCGAUGCAGAGAGGACAAGAUUGGGAUUCGGUAAGUGAGAUGAGCAGACUGUGCGACCGGAACCGUGAGCUGUCUGAGGAGCUCUGCAAGUGUCGAGACCUGUGUGAUAAGCAGGCAUCUGAGAUGGUGUUGAUGCAAACAGCUCUUCGUCAGGCAGUCGAACAGGCGUCAACUGCCCGAGAGGAACUGGAGGCCUAUAGACAUGAGAAGGUUUGCGCAAUGUCAGAUCUGGAGAGUCAACUGUCUGCUUCUCGUGACGAGUGUUCUGCACUACGGGAUCAAGUGUGUCGGCUUGAGACAUCGAUGGAAGAGCAUUGCAACACAGUGUUGGCGAUAGCCAGUCGAGACUGGGAGUCGCGCGUAAACGAAAUUGUGAGAGAACGCGACACAGCCAUGAAAGAGUUGUUGGAACUGCGUAGUAGGUUGGAUAUGGCAGACGAUGUGGACGCCAGGUUGGCAAAAACAGUGUGCAGAAGUGACAUGGGAACUGACGUGCUAGAUCGUAUGAUUGAACGUGAUAUAGCUUUGUCAUCAGGGUUCACUAGUGAUACGAGAGAGACUGUGAGCGUGGGCGUUGGUAAAGAUGCAGAGGACGACGAGUCGAAUUGCAUGGUUGUUGACGGUUGGAGCGACUACUCCUCAGAAUGCAUACACGACGAGCACAAGCCUAGUGUGUCGGUUGGUUCUCCGACUAGACUUGUGAGUGUGGAGACUCAAGCGACAGACAGCGUGUCUUGGUUGGCUACUGACACAUUGUCAACUUCAGGAUUUACCGAUCAGUCGACCGUAGAUCAGUCGACCAGGAGUCCAGUGGAGAUGACGAGAGAGAAGCUAGUGAGUUCAAGUUUGUGUGAAGAUGAGUCGAAUGUGGUUGGUCAACUGCGCGAAGAGUUGACGUCUUGUUAUGAACAGAUAGUGAAGCUGUCUAGAUCGGUGGAGGAGAGUGAUGCUUCAUUGAUGGAUGUCCGGCGUUUGUUGACUGUGAAGGAGAGUGAAGUGGCGGAUCUGAGAGAGGAGAAGCGUCAUUUACGAGACGAAGUGAAUGAGUUGAGGGAGACUGUAGAGGCAGAACGACGUGAUUUGGACAUAAUGCGUGCAAAUAUGGAUGUGUUGGAGAGCAAGGAAGAGGUGUCGGCGAUGUGCGUGGAGUGUCGUGGACCGAACGUUGCUGCUGCUGCUGCUGCUGCUGCUGCUGUGGAGGAGGAGUGUGUGCAGACGGAGAUUGACGACGAAGUUUUUGACCUGGUGUCGACGUUGCAGCUCGAGGUUGCCCAUCUGCGUGAGGAAAAUGCGGCGACGUUGGCGGCUCUGGAGCGUUCACAGCUCGAGUUGAGCAUGAAACAGACCGAAGUGCAGGAACCGGAGUCACGUAUGAUGGUGAACGAGACAACUUGGUGGAUUCCUUGUGAGACUGUGAGAAAGGCGCCCGAUGUGGUUGUCCGUGAGUUGGCAGAGGUUGAUGACACAGACAGAGUGGAGGCAGACGUGUUUGCCGGAGUUCCUGACAUGCAGCUGGUGGAGACUGUUGCAAGCGACUCAGUGUCAGGCAUUGUGCCUGAUCGAAUGGACAGACAAACUACGGACUUGUGUGUUGAGGGCGUUUCGAACGAGGAAGUGGUCUUGCCCAUUCACGCCACUCAGAGUUGGACGAAACCGCCGAGUGAACAAGACAAUGAAGAUCCCGAACUUGCCCUGUUAAAUACAGACAGCCUAAGAGCGCGAUUGAAGGAGGCCAUGAGCAGAAUCUGCGAACUUGAGAAUGCCAAGACAGAGUUGAGUGUGCGUCUGCGUGAGCUGGAAGGCGUUAUGAUGUGUGAAGAUAAGCCAAUGGAUGUGAUGCCUCUUAGUUCUCGUGUGCCUGACCGGUCGAUGAAAGUGACGGACGAAGCUGAUGCACUGUCGAAGCACAACAAAGAGCUGAUGACAGAGGUAGACUUGUUACGAAGAUUUACCGAUCAGUCGACCGUAGAUCAGUCGACCAGGAGUCCAGUGGAGAUGACGAGAGAGAAGCUAGUGAGUUCAAGUUUGUGUGAAGAUGAGUCGAAUGUGGUUGGUCAACUGCGCGAAGAGUUGACGUCUUGUUAUGAACAGAUAGUGAAGCUGUCUAGAUCGGUGGAGGAGAGUGAUGCUUCAUUGAUGGAUGUCCGGCGUUUGUUGACUGUGAAGGAGAGUGAAGUGGCGGAUCUGAGAGAGGAGAAGCGUCAUUUACGAGACGAAGUGAAUGAGUUGAGGGAGACUGUAGAGGCAGAACGACGUGAUUUGGACAUAAUGCGUGCAAAUAUGGAUGUGUUGGAGAGCAAGGAAGAGGUGUCGGCGAUGUGCGUGGAGUGUCGUGGACCGAACGUUGCUGCUGCUGCUGCUGCUGCUGCUGCUGCUGUGGAGGAGGAGUGUGUGCAGACGGAGAUUGACGACGAAGUUUUUGACCUGGUGUCGACGUUGCAGCUCGAGGUUGCCCAUCUGCGUGAGGAAAAUGCGGCGACGUUGGCGGCUCUGGAGCGUUCACAGCUCGAGUUGAGCAUGAAACAGACCGAAGUGCAGGAACCGGAGUCACGUAUGAUGGUGAACGAGACAACUUGGUGGAUUCCUUGUGAGACUGUGAGAAAGGCGCCCGAUGUGGUUGUCCGUGAGUUGGCAGAGGUUGAUGACACAGACAGAGUGGAGGCAGACGUGUUUGCCGGAGUUCCUGACAUGCAGCUGGUGGAGACUGUUGCAAGCGACUCAGUGUCAGGCAUUGUGCCUGAUCGAAUGGACAGACAAACUACGGACUUGUGUGUUGAGGGCGUUUCGAACGAGGAAGUGGUCUUGCCCAUUCACGCCACUCAGAGUUGGACGAAACCGCCGAGUGAACAAGACAAUGAAGAUCCCGAACUUGCCCUGUUAAAUACAGACAGCCUAAGAGCGCGAUUGAAGGAGGCCAUGAGCAGAAUCUGCGAACUUGAGAAUGCCAAGACAGAGUUGAGUGUGCGUCUGCGUGAGCUGGAAGGCGUUAUGAUGUGUGAAGAUAAGCCAAUGGAUGUGAUGCCUCUUAGUUCUCGUGUGCCUGACCGGUCGAUGAAAGUGACGGACGAAGCUGAUGCACUGUCGAAGCACAACAAAGAGCUGAUGACAGAGGUAGACUUGUUACGAAGUAAGAUUUCAGAGCGCGUGACACUGUUGGACGAUGUGUGCAUGGAGAUGGAUGAGGUCAGAGGAUCACUGGGUUUCUUGUUGAAGCAGGUGAGAGAAUUGCGUGCAGCACAUGCUGAGGCGAAUGCUGACCGCGCCGAAAUGGCGAACAGAAUGAGUGAGUACGAACGGGUUUCACAUCGCCUGUGCGAAACAGUUGGUCGAUCCACGUCACCAGUGCAAGACAUCGACUAUGCACACGAAGGCUCGUCGACUGACCGUUGCACAUCAGACGGGUUGCGAGAGGAUUUGCAGCGUGCACUGGAUACACAAUCGUUCGAGCUGGAGGCAGUCACUGAGAAACUGAAAGAAUGUGAGUCAAUGAACAAUGCCCUGAUCUGUGAGUGUGAGUCGCUGAAGCGUCGUCUAGAGAGUUAUAUGACUGUGAUUACUGACUUGGAGAAUGAUGUGACCAAGACGAAAGCACUGUUGGCGUUUGUGGUUGACCAUAUAAGAGGUCUGCGUUCCGACUAUGGAGAUUGGUGCAGAGAGCACGAACAACGAGUGCAGGAGUGUUUAGAUGCCGUCACAACAGGGUUGUCCCAUGGUGUGGUUGAACACGUGGACCGUGAGUGUGAGACAAUGACAUGGCCAGAACACUUGGAGUCUACUGUUAUGCUUGAUAGCUUUGUGCGACUACAAGAGUCUCAUGAAGUGACGUCGAUGCAGAGAGGACAAGAUUGGGAUUCGGUAAGUGAGAUGAGCAGACUGUGCGACCGGAACCGUGAGCUGUCUGAGGAGCUCUGCAAGUGUCGAGACCUGUGUGAUAAGCAGGCAUCUGAGAUGGUGUUGAUGCAAACAGCUCUUCGUCAGGCAGUCGAACAGGCGUCAACUGCCCGAGAGGAACUGGAGGCCUAUAGACAUGAGAAGGUUUGCGCAAUGUCAGAUCUGGAGAGUCAACUGUCUGCUUCUCGUGACGAGUGUUCUGCACUACGGGAUCAAGUGUGUCGGCUUGAGACAUCGAUGGAAGAGCAUUGCAACACAGUGUUGGCGAUAGCCAGUCGAGACUGGGAGUCGCGCGUAAACGAAAUUGUGAGAGAACGCGACACAGCCAUGAAAGAGUUGUUGGAACUGCGUAGUAGGUUGGAUAUGGCAGACGAUGUGGACGCCAGGUUGGCAAAAACAGUGUGCAGAAGUGACAUGGGAACUGACGUGCUAGAUCGUAUGAUUGAACGUGAUAUAGCUUUGUCAUCAGGGUUCACUAGUGAUACGAGAGAGACUGUGAGCGUGGGCGUUGGUAAAGAUGCAGAGGACGACGAGUCGAAUUGCAUGGUUGUUGACGGUUGGAGCGACUACUCCUCAGAAUGCAUACACGACGAGCACAAGCCUAGUGUGUCGGUUGGUUCUCCGACUAGACUUGUGAGUGUGGAGACUCAAGCGACAGACAGCGUGUCUUGGUUGGCUACUGACACAUUGUCAACUUCAGGAUUUACCGAUCAGUCGACCGUAGAUCAGUCGACCAGGAGUCCAGUGGAGAUGACGAGAGAGAAGCUAGUGAGUUCAAGUUUGUGUGAAGAUGAGUCGAAUGUGGUUGGUCAACUGCGCGAAGAGUUGACGUCUUGUUAUGAACAGAUAGUGAAGCUGUCUAGAUCGGUGGAGGAGAGUGAUGCUUCAUUGAUGGAUGUCCGGCGUUUGUUGACUGUGAAGGAGAGUGAAGUGGCGGAUCUGAGAGAGGAGAAGCGUCAUUUACGAGACGAAGUGAAUGAGUUGAGGGAGACUGUAGAGGCAGAACGACGUGAUUUGGACAUAAUGCGUGCAAAUAUGGAUGUGUUGGAGAGGAUGAAAGAGGUGUCUGAUUUAUGCUCUGGUCGUAUUAUUUUGUCAGAUUAUCCUGGUUUUUGUAAUAUUUCUGAUGUCGACGGUGCGCAUUGUAUAUUUUUACAUGAUGAGCUUUCUGAUCUUAAGCAGAAAUUUUCAAGAAUUUCAAUGUCUUUAGCAUUUGCUACGGAUUUUGUUGAUUUAUGUAUGAGGUUGCUUUCAGUUUUUGUGAAUUUACUUUUGGAUUUAUCUAGAUUUUCAAAUACCAAUUUUGAUCGUAUUUUGUGUGCUGAUUUUAUAGAUCUUUUGUCAGAUGUUGUUUCUUUUUCAAAAUCUUCUAAUUUUGUUGAUAUUUUUGGUGAUUAUUCUAAUAAUUUGACAUAUUUCAGUAAUCUACAUGAAUUACUGUUAUCCGGUUGUCUAUCUUCCUGUAGUUUAUGUAAAAUCCAAGACGUUUGUCAUCGUUGUUUUAUAUGUAAUUUAUGUGUUCGUUGUAUUUCUUCUAUCCAACAUCCUGAUGUUUACAAUUACAUGUUAAAAGCACAAUAUCCUCACAUUAAUCCAAUGAUUGGUACCAAUGAUAAUGAUCAUGAUCAUGAUGUGAACGCUUCUGGUGAUUUGUUAUCUGAUCAUCAUUCUGAUACAAUUUAUCCACAAUUUAUAUCACAACAAUCAAUAUCUAAUAAAACUCAACAAAUUGAUCUUGAACAUCAACUUCUUAUUGCUAAAUCAGAAAUAAAUCGAUUAUCUCAUCUAUUAUAUAAUAUAAGAAUAAAUAGACAUCAUGAACAAGAAGAAGUCAAAGAAGAAGAGAAAGAAGAAAAAGAAAAAGAAAUACAAAAGAAAUUCAAUAAUGAUACACAAUUAGAAAUUGAAAAAAUUUAUUUUGAAAAUUUAUAUUUAACUAAACAAAAUAAUCAAUUAAUAAUAAUCAAUAAUCAAUUAUAUCAUAAAAUAUUGAAUGAAAUUACAAAAGAAUCAAUCAUAUUCCAAUCAUUAAUCAAUAAUAAUAAUAAUAAUAAAUCAAUAUCCAAUAAAGAAUCAAUUGAAUGUAAUCAAUACUUUAAAUUUAUUGAUUAUUUAUUAAAUAAUAGAAAAGAAUUAAUCAAAGAAAUUAUUGAUUAUAAAAAUAAUUAUAAUAUAAUUUAUCAAUUAUUAAUUGAAGGUUUAUAUUUAAAUAAAAUAAAUGAAUUAAAACAAACUACAAAUCAAUAUUGUUAUUGGAAGAAAGUAGAAAAUAUUAUUCAUUCUAAUAGUGAUUUAAUAUCAAGAUCUAGUUCUAUAGAAAAUGAAUCCAAUGUAUUUGUUCCACCAUCAUCAUCAUCACCACCACCACCACAACAACAACAACAAGAACAAUUAUACGAAUUCAAUAAUUCUAUAUUACAUACUGGUCAUUGUUUACUGAAUAAAAUAAAUAAAAUCAUAACAAAAAUUGAAAAGAUUGAAAUGAAUCUAAAUAAUUCAAAAUAUAUUCAACAACAAUUGAUUGAUUUGAAAAAAAUCAAUAAUCAAUGGAAAAUCAAUAUGAAUAUAAUCUUGAAUAAUUUAUUGAUUUUACGAAAUAAAAUCAAUACUGAUCAUGAUAUAGCAACCAUAACUACAACAACACCAACACCAAGAGAUAUCCUUUCAAUGACUUGUAUUCAUUUGAAUGAUGAAUUAAAUCAUCAUGAUAAUUAUUCUAUAAAUAUAUUAAAUCCAAAUGAAAUUAUGCCAAUAUUUAAUAUAUUGAUUAAAGAUUUCCAAACUUAUAUCAAUAGAAUAAGUAUUAUAGAAAAUCAAUAUAAUUUAUUGAAUGAUAAAUUAAAUCAAUUAACUAAUGAAUGUAAUAAACUUCAUAUUGAAAUGAUUCAAUUACAAUCAUUAUUUAAUAAUCAAACAAUUAUCAUAGAUAACAUAGUAACUAAUAAUUUAGUUACCAUGUCAACUGAAUCAAUCAACGUAAGUAAUGAUAAUGAUAUAGAGAAUCUUUCUAUCAAUAUAGAUAUUGAAAAUAUCAUGGAAAAAAUUAAACUAUAUACAAAUCAAUUAAAUUCUAUUAGAAAACAGAUGAUACAACAAAUAGAACAAAAGAAUAUUAAACAAAUCAAAACAUUAGAUGAUGAUGAAAAUGAUGAAGAUAAAGAUAAUACUAAUGUAGAAAAUGAAUUAAAAGAAGAUAUUUACGUAUCACAUCAAUAUAUACUUGAUAAAGAAAUAUUUUUGAACGAGAAAAGUAAAACUAUUGAAUGUAUUGAUAAUAAACAUCAGAAAGAUACUCCUAUUAUUGAUUCUACAGAUGAAGUGAUAUCACUUUUAACUGAAGUACCUAUUCCACCUGAUGUACAUUUGAUAAGUGACGAGAAACAAUCACCUAGUUCUUUUGAUGUGAGUAGAAUAGUUGACGAAAAUGUCAAUAUCAAUGUGACAGAAACAAGUGUACUGGAUAUAAGAAGAGAUUAUUCUACUAAUGAAUUGAAAGAUUCUCCUGUUAUUGAUUCUACAGAUGAAGUGAUAUCACUUUUAACUAAAGUACCGAUUAAAAUUGAUCAGAAACAAUCACAUGGUUCUUCUGAUGUUAGUAGAAUAUUUGAAGAACAAACUUUACUGGAUGUAAGAAAAGAUUAUUCUAAUGAAUUGAAAGAUUCUCUUGUUAUUGAUUCUACAGAUGAAGUGAUAUCACUGUUAAACAAAGUACCUAAUCCACCUUAUGUACAUUUGUUAAGUGAUGAGAAACAAUCACAUAGUUCUUUUGAUAUGAGUGGAAUAGUUGAAGAAGGUUUCAAUGUCAAUGUGACAGAAACAAGUGCACUGGAUUUAAGAAGAGAUUAUUCUACUAAUGAAUUGAAAGAUACUUCUGUUAUUGAUUCUACAGAUGAAGUGAUUGACGAGAAUCAAUUACACGGUUCUUCUGAUGUCCGUAGAAUAGUUGAAGAAGAUUUCAAUGUCAAUGUCACAGAACAAAGUUUAUUGGAUAUAAGAACAGAUUAUUGUAAUGAAUUCAAAGAUAUUCCUGUUAUCGAUUCUACAGAUGAAGUGAUAUCACUAUUAAAUAAAGUAUCUAUUCCACCUGAUGUACAUUUGAUAAGUGAUGAGAAACAAUCACAUAGUUCUUUUGAUGUUAGUAGAAUAGUUGAAGAAGAUUUCAAUGUGAAUGACACAGAACAAAGCUUACUGGAUAUAAGAAGAGAUUAUUCUACUAAUGAAUUGAAAGAUACUUCUGUUAUUGAUUCUACAGAUGAAGUGAUAUCAUUUUCAACUAAAGUACCUAUUUCACCUGAUGUAGAUUUUAUAAGUGACGAAAAACAAUCACAUGAUUCUUCUAAUGUUAAUAGAAUUCAUGAUAAAGAACAAUCUCAGACUAUUAUUUCAAACAAUUAUAAAACUUCUAUUAACAAUACUGACCAAUAUUCACUAGAAUUUGUUCUACGUUUAUUACAUUUACGUGAUACGGAACUAUUAUACAUCAUCUCAACAAAUAAUAAAUCUGACGAAGAAUCAAUAAAUCAUAAUAAAUAUAAUCUAUCUUCAUCUAUAUUGAACAAUCAAGUUCUCAUAAAGAAACUUAAUAAAUUUUUAUAUUGGGAAAAUAUAGAUCCAAUCGAUAUAAAUAGUAUACCAAUUCAUCGUAUUAAUAUCGAUAUGUUCAAAUCAAAAGAAUCCAUUGAACAACAAAUCGAUAGAAUAUCAUCCACUUCUAAGAAUCAAUUAGUUGUAAAUGUUGAAACAAUAGAAAUGACAGAUCAAUCUAAUGAUCAAAUAUCUUAUCAUGAAGAUAUGGAUUGGUAUGAACAACAUUUGUAUACGUUAGUUCAAAAUGCAUUGAAUGCAUUAAAUCAAAUGAAUCAACAUUUUCUUGAAUCGAAAAAACCAUUAUUAUCUGAACGCAGACAAGAAGAGUUAAUCAAUAUCUUGACGGAACUAUUAACAACUAUCCCAAUAAACAAUAGUAUACAACAACAAACUCAAGAAAAAAGUGUUCAAAAAAGCUUUCAAUCAUCUCUUUCAUUUUCUCCAUGUUUAACAUCAUCAUUAUUAGAAGAACAUCCAGUAUAUAGUACAACUGUUACAAGUAUCACUACAACGACAACUUCAGGAGUUAAUUGUUUUAUUCAAACUCUUUCAUCUAUUACACCUACUAAUACCACUACAACUACUACAUCGUUUUCACAAUCUAAACAGAUCUCUGAAAUAUCUGAUUCAUCUAAUUUAAGUUUUACAGGAAAUUUAACUUAUCCAAGACGUUCUGAAAAAGCAUCAAUAAAUGAAUUAAUUAGUUCUGUGGAUCAUUUGAGAAAUUUGCAUGAAUUACGCAGUUUAGCCAAAUAUCUUUUAGAUCAAUAUCAUAUUGUUACAUCUGAACUAGACCUUCAGUCUGAUACUAAUUGGUGUUUAAGACAGAGAUUGACAAAUGCAAACAGUCAAUUAAAUCGGUUAACAGGCUUGUUAAAUAAAAGCAGUCAAGGAUUGUCAUCAAUUGAAGAAGAUUUAAGCUUAGGAACGGACAAAACUUCAUUCCGUUCAGAACAUUAUGAUGGAAUACGUCAUAAAUCACUUCAACCAACUUUAAAUAAUUUACAAGAAAAGAAUACAACUAGUGGUCGACGUUUAAAUUUCAUUCCUUCUUCUGAUGAACAAUUGAUUAGAUCUAGUUAUUCAUCAUCUAUUCAAACAAUAGGAAAUAAAUCAAUAAUAAAAUCUAAAUCUAAAUCCAAAUCUGAAAUAUCAUCAAUGACAUCAAGAAUUAGUGAUCCUGAUUAUUUUAUAACGCAUGGAAUGUUUAUUCCAAUGAGAAUAAUGCAAUCUAUUUCAUCACAAACGGUAAAACACAAAAAAGUAUCUUGUCUUCCACGGAACACUUUUAGUUGUGGUCCAAUUUUAAAACGUUCCCAUAAACAUCAUCAUACUUCAUCUAUUGAUGAUACAUAUCAAUCAUUAUCUAAACCAUGCAGUCAUGAUAUUAGUGAUAAAUCCAUUGAAAUUAUUGGUAGAACAAUAACAUCAACACCAUUAUUAACAACAACAUUAACAAAUUCAUCUAAACCAUUAGAUAUUAAGAAUAAUCCAAAUAUAAUGAUAUCACAUUGGAAUGAAUUAGAGACAAGUCAACAUAAAUUACAUAAUAUAUCAAUGUCUAUGAUAAAAGAUUAUGAACAUUAUCCAAAUAAAUCUUCAUCUAUAUCAGUUUCUUCAACAAUGAAUAAUGAAAAUGAUAUCAUAUGUAAUGAAAAACAAUCAUUAUUACAUGAAUAUAAUAAUAAUAAUAAUGAUAAUAGUAUUCAUCAAUUACCACAGAGUUCCACAACAACAAGAACCAUUGCCCCCGCCGCCGCCGCCGUCACCACCACCAUAACAACAACAACAGCAACAAGUCGUUCAUUAUCAUCAUCAUCCUCAACAUCAUCAUCUUUUUCAUUUACAAGUUUUCAUUCACAUCCUUAUUCUAAUGAAAGAAUUCCUAUAAAAUCAAGAAAAAUGAAAUUUCAUUCACGUUUUCUUAAUUUAUUUAAAUCUAAUUUUAAAAAGUGA